UAUUUAGAUCCACCCAGAAGCGGUAUAUAGAUAGGCGGAAAAAACAGCACUUCAUCAUGUAUUCAAACAAAAUCGAUGGACCGCGUAGAGGAAGGUCUUUCGACUCGAUGAACAUUGCCUUUGAGGAAAAACUGCUGAACAACGAGAUAAACAAAUCAACCUUCACAAAAAUUGAAGAAAACACUGAAAAGAAGAAUGCAUCAGAGAAGGGGAGAGCAGCAAUAAUCUUUUCCCUCAAGAAUGAAGUGGGAGGACUUGUAAAGGCUCUCAAACUUUUCCAGGAAAACCACGUCAACCUGGUGCACAUAGAGUCCAGGAAAUCCAAAAGGCGCAACUCUGAGUUUGAAAUAUUUGUGGACUGCGACAGCAACCAUGAACAACUGAAUGAAAUCAUCCAGCUGCUUCGUAAGCAUGUGAACAUAGUGGAUAUGGAGCCCCCAGACAACUCCUGUCUACUUGAGGAAGAUAUGGAUAAUGUACCUUGGUUCCCAAAGAAAAUUGCAGACUUGGACAAAUGUGCUAACCGUGUCCUGAUGUAUGGCUCAGAUUUGGACGCUGAUCAUCCGGGUUUUAAGGACAACGUCUACCGGAAAAGAAGAAAGUACUUUGCUGAUCUUGCCAUGAGCUAUAAACAUGGGGAUCCCAUUCCUCGUAUUGAGUUCACUGAGGAGGAAGUCAAGACUUGGGGUGUUGUGUACAGGGAGCUCAACAAGUUGUACCCUACUCACGCCUGUCGGGAAUACUUGAAGAACCUGCCUCUGCUGUCCAAAUACUGUGAAUGUCGGGAGGACAACAUUCCUCAGUUGGAGGAUGUCUCACGCUUCCUCAGGGAACGCACUGGAUUUACCAUCAGACCUGUGGCCGGUUACCUUUCCCCCCGAGACUUCCUAGCUGGUUUGGCCUUCCGUGUUUUCCACUGUACCCAGUAUGUGCGCCACAGCUCUGACCCCUUAUACACCCCUGAGCCGGACACGUGCCAUGAGCUGCUGGGUCAUGUGCCGCUGCUAGCAGAGCCCAGCUUCGCCCAGUUUUCUCAGGAGAUUGGCCUUGCAUCACUUGGGGCCUCAGAUGACUCGGUCCAGAAACUGGCCACAUGUUACUUCUUCACGGUGGAGUUUGGCCUAUGCAAACAGGAAGGGAAGCUACGAGCAUAUGGCGCAGGACUGCUGUCCUCUAUCAGUGAACUUAAGCAUGCACUCUCUGGUAAUGCAAGGAUAAUGCCUUUUGACCCCAAAGUUACAUGCAAACAAGAAUGCAUCAUCACAACAUUUCAGGAUGUCUACUUUGUAUCAGACAGCUUUGAGGAGGCCAAAGUCAAGAUGAGGGAGUUUGCCAAGACCAUCAAGCGUCCCUUCACUGUCCGAUACAACCCCUACACCCAGAGCGUGGACGUGCUAAAGGACACGCCCAGCAUCAACAGCGUUGUGGAGGAGCUUCGACACGAGCUUGACAUCGUCGGUGACGCCCUCAGCCGGCUCAACAAGCAGCUGGGUGUGUGACAGCUCGGUUGAAGUUCCCCACUUAGUGCAUCAACGCUUGCCAUGUCAUCCCCAAGCACUGCUGUAGAGAUACUGCUUGUAACUCGCCCUUCGUCAUUACAAUGAAUGUGCAUUGCUAUCGGCAAAAUGCUCUUUUGUUCCCAGGCUUGUACAAAUUAUUGAUACAGAUUGGGUAUGUUUAGCCAUCGAUAUUAGUAAACUGAACAAACCCAAGGAACUCAAGACACUGCUUUGCUUCAUUUGUACUUGGCUGCAUUGGCCUUCUGUGUUGCAUCCAGCAGCUUGUGCGCUUUCAUGGUACAUAAGAUCCAUGGUUAAAUAUCCAUGGUAAAAUAUCUCUUUAAAAAAUAUUCCCAGCUGUUACAGACUGAGAAGUGCUCUGUUCCCAUAUUGUUAAGGCUACUGUUGUUUAUGAUCAUGUGAAAGUUUUCUGUAAUUCCUCUCAUUCUUCUCCCUCCCCUUGAAAGUCUCCACACGUCAGUGAUAUGUAUACAAUGUACCUUGUUUUUUAUUCAUCUGGUGUAUGUAUCAUGCUCCCUCCCGUGCACUGUUGCUGGAGUUUAUAAAGGUGAAUAUUGGUAUUGUAAGAAUGUUUUCAUGACUGAGUAUGACCAAACUGGUACGUGUACCCUCACCUGGAUUAUUUUACAGUGAUGUGCAAAAAUACCUCUUCUUGCAGUGAAUAUAAUUGUAGUACUCCUGAAAAAACAUGAAAACAUUAUUUUUCUACUGUAAAGAAAUACAGACUAUGAGUAGACUAUAUAUUGAAAUACCAAAAUGAAAAUAAAAUGUGCAUUGUGUCUUCACUAUA